GCUACAACGUGUAGUAGUUCAACACUCUACACGGUUAUGGCGUUCAGUUUUAAUUUUAAUAUAUCAUCUGAGAUAAAGCAGAACUGUACCAAUGAAAAAAAUGAAAAUCAAGAUACUGUGAAGCACCAGGUUGAGGAGACCAGUGCACGGAAGAAGGUGAAGGAAGCCCUUGAGCACAGAGCUGCAGAAGAUCUUCUGUCCUACACUGAUCAAGCAGUGACUGAGACGCUCACUAUAGGUGCAUUACCACCUCUGCUUUACCUCAACGAAUCAGUAUUUGAGCAAACUGCCUCUGAGAGAGACGAUGCUGAGGAGGUUCUAUCUCAAACCAUCACUCAAAACUCUGAUCUUAUAACCGGAGUUUAUGAAGGAGGCUUAAAGAUCUGGGAAGGCACCCAGGAUCUGCUGGAAUAUAUUGAUAAUGAAGGGGAGACAUUCUCUGGAAAAAGGGUGCUUGACCUGGGUUGUGGAGCCGGGCUUCUUGGGAUUCUUGCCUUAAAGAGAGGUGCAAGCAAAGUCCAUUUCCAGGAUUAUAACAGCACUGUGGUCGAGCAGCUCACAAUACCGAAUGUAUUCCUCAACUCUGAGGAAGAGAGUGAUGAUAAGAACAGAGGUGAUGAAGACGGCAGCCCGGCACCUAAACGAAGAUCCAUGGAGAAAACUCAUGCACAUGGAGAUCGCUGCGGAUUUUUCUCAGGGGACUGGGUUUCAUUUCUCUCACUGAUCCAAAGUCAAGAUCCCACACUCAGAUAUGAUUUGAUCUUUACAUCAGAAACCAUCUACAACACAGAUUACUACCCUUCUCUUCAUGAUGUGUUUCAGAAACUGCUUGCUGAGGAUGGAGUUAUCUACUUGGCUGCCAAGUCUCACUAUUUUGGAGUUGGAGGUGGACUGUAUUUGUUUGAAAGUUUUGUGGAAGAAAAAAAUGUCUUUCAAAUCAAAUCUCUCAGGGAACUGGAUCAGGGACUUAAAAGGCAUGUUGUUUCUUUGAGAUUCAAGAGAUCACCUUCAUAGUACUUUUGUACUUGUAUGAUCAUGGUGAUACAAAUU